CUCCGCCCCGCCGUGCCCCUCCGGCUCCGCCUCUAAGUUGGGGCCCACCCCCGGCUUAGGCUCCGCCUCCCUUGGUCCCGCCCAGGGCUCGGCCCUCGGUGCCCCGCGCCUGGAGCAGCCUCAGCGCUUGCAGGCGGGGAGGAGAGCGGCUCGGGGCCUCCAGACACAAAGAGCGGCGGCGAGACGCGGGUAGGAGCGGAGCGCACGCCCGCGCCCUUGGCCUGUCCCCGCGCGGGCGGGACCCGAAACGCCACAGACCAGAACAAAGUACUUCUGAUUUUUCAAGCUAGUAGAGGGCGGAUUCCCUGCGAACACGUCUCUAGCCUCACUGACCUCCUCCAGCCUCACGCACCCUGAGCGGACCCUGGUGCCCACACCCCAGCACCUACCCUGCCUGGGCCACACUGCCCGGUGCCCCGGGACAGUGGAGGGAGGCGAGGGCCAGUCCGACGGCGCAGCGUCUUCCUGUCCUGCACGCGGCCUGCGAUGGGAUGGACAAGGAGGAAGAGAACCACUACGUUUCACAACUUAGGGACCUCUACAGCAGCUGUGACACCACGGGGACAGGCUUCCUGGACCGGGAGGAGCUGACCCAGCUCUGCCUGAAGCUCCAUCUAGAAAAACAGCUGCCUGUCCUUCUGCACACACUUCUCGGAAACAACCAGUUCGCCAGGGUUAACUUCGAGGAAUUUAAGGACGGUUUUGUGGCUGUGUUGUCAUCACAGGCUGGUCUUGCCUCCUCAGAUGAAGACAGUGGGUCUUUGGAGUCAGUUGCCUCCCAGGCUGUGCCCCCAAAGUACGUGAGCGGCUCUAAGUGGUACGGCCGUCGGAGCCAGCCCGAGCCCUGUGGCACUGCAGGUGGAGCCCCAGGUUUACCGGAGCAGCCGGCCAGACCCAGUGCGAGGAGCCAGCUCCGCCGCUCCGCGUCCCUGGAAAGCGUGGAGAGUCUCAAGUCUGAGGAAGAAGCUGACAGCGCAAAGGAGCCUCAGAAUGAAUUGUUUGAAGCCCAAGGCCAGCUGCCAACCUGGGGUUCUGAGGUCUUCGGGAGCCCCCGGAAGCCCCACAGCCACUCCUUCGACACCCCCGAGAGCCAGGUCUGGGGUCUCUGGGAAGAGCUGGGUGUGGGCAGCAGCGGCUACCUCACAGAGGAGGAGCUGGCCCUGGUCUGCCAGAGCAUCGGGCUCCAGGGCCUGGCAAAGGAGGAACUUGAAGACCUGUUCAACAAGCUGGACCAAGAUGGGGAUGGUAGAGUAAGUCUGGAGGAGCUCCAGCUUGGCCUGUUCAAUCACGGGUCCCCUCGACCACUGGAACUGGCCCCGCUUGUCAAACCCAGCGGGUCCUGGUCUCAUUACCAGGUCCCAGAGGAGAGUGUUGGCCAGACCACCACGUCGUCCCUCGUGUCCGUGUGCUCGGGCCCCCGCCUCUUCUGCAGUGUGGAUGACGGCAGCGGCUUCGCCUUCCCGGAGCAGAUCAUCUCCUUGUGGGCCCAGGAGGGCGUUCACAAUGGCAGGGAGGUCUUGCAGAGCCUUGACUUCAGUGUGGACGAGAAGGUGAACCUUUUGGAGCUGACCUGGGCCCUGGAGAAUGAGCUCAUGAUGGUGGGCGGGGCCGCCCAGCAGGCAGCCUUGGCCUGCUACCGCCAGGAGCUGAGCUUCUGCCAGGAGCAGGUGGAGCAGAUGGCCAGGGAGCGAGAUAAGGCAAGGCAAGACCUGGAGAAAGCUGAGCAGAGGAACCUGGAGUUUGUGAAGGAGACGGACGACCUACACUCUGCCCUGGAGCAGCUUGCGGAGGAGAAGGUCAGACGCCUGGAGCAGGGCUACCGGGGGAGGCUGAGCCUCCUGCGAUCCGAGGUGGAGGGGGAACGCGAGCUGUUCUGGGAGCAGGCCCGGCGGCAGAGGGCCGGGCUGGAGGAGGACUUGCGGCGCCUGCAGGCAGAGGAAACCAGCCUCCGCGAGAAGCUGACCCUGGCCCUGAAGGAAAAUAGUCGAUUGCAGAAGGAGAUGAUUGAAGUCGUGGAGAAGCUCUCAGACUCAGAGAAGCUAGUCCUGAAGCUGCAGAAUGACCUGGAGUUUGUGUUGAAGGACCAGCUGGAGCCUCGGAGCACAGAACUCCUAGCCCAGGAAGAGCGAUUCUCAGAUAUCCUGAAGGAAUACGAGCUUAAGUGCCGGGACCUGCAGGACCGCAACGACGAGCUGCAGGCCGCCCUGGAAGGCCUGCAGGUAAAGGCAGCCCCGAGUUGGCACGGCCGCCUGUCCCCAGGACACGGCCCAGCAGGCACCGUCACGUUCGUGGGUGAUUCCGCCCCAGCGAGUAUAGAAACAGAGAUCAUGUUGGAGCAGCUGAAGGAGCGUUACCAAGAACUCAAGAUCCAGCUGGAGACCAAGGUUAAUGACCACGAGAGGAAAAUGGAGGUGACGAAAAGGGCCUUUGCAGAGGAGAGGAGGCAGCUGGAGCGGGCCUUCCAGCUCGAGGUUGGCGUGCUGCAGGGUCAGAAGGCCGAGUUGGUGACGCUGCAGGUGGAGUCGCAGGAGGUGGUCCGAGGCCUGCGGGAGCAGCUGCAGAGGAGGGCGGAGCUGGAGCAGGGCCAUGCGCACCGCCUCAGCCAGGAGAGAGCACGGCUGCAGGAGGCGCUCCAGAGGCUCAGAAUCAAGUUGGAAAAGCUUUCUGAAGAAAACACUCUCUUGAAAAAUGAGCUGGGGAGGAUCCGACAAGAGCUUGAAGCUUCAGAAAGGACAGAGGCUGCACAGAGGAAGGAAAUUGAGGUCUUAAAGAGAGACAAGGAAAAGGCCUGCUCUGAGAUGGAAGAGCUCUGCACACAGAGUCAGAAGUGUAGGGAUGAACUGUCCCAGCUCAACCACAGGGUCCUGCAGCUCGGAGAGGAGGCCUCUACCCACCAGACCCAAAGUGAGAAGAAUCACGUCACCGUCCAGCUGCUGACACACAGACUGGAGGAGGCCGUGCUCCGGGAGGAGCUGCAGGGUAACCAAAUCCAAAAACUUGAACUUGAACUUGACCGCGUGACUCAGGACCGUCAGAACCUGAGACUGGCACAGUCACAGCUGAGAGAGGCCCUUGAAGAGAGUCGGGACCAGCUGUAUGGAGCCACCCAGAGGCUGCGGCUGGCCCGGUCGCAGCACGCCCAGCGGGUGCAGCAGCUGCGGGAAGAGAUGGCACAGCUCGUGCCCGCAGGCCGCGUGGCCGAGCUGCAGCGGCUGCUGGAAGGGGAGCGGCAGGGGGCACGGCGGCUCCAGGAGGAGGCCCAGGAAGUGCAUGAGAAACAGCUGAAAGCAGCAGAAGAGCGGGUGGAGGAGGUGGAAAUGAUUUUGAAGAACAUGGAAGUGCUCCUCCGAGAGAAAGUGGGUGAGCUGAAGGAACAGUUUGAAAAGAACACCCGAUCUGAUCUGCUGCUCAAGGAGCUCUAUGUGGAAAAUGCUCACCUGGCAAAAGCACUUCAAGUCACCGAAGAGAAGCAACGAGGUGCCGAGAAAAAAUCCCGAUUCUUGGAAGAAAAAGUUAGCGCUCUCAACAAACUACUCAGCAAGAUUGCUACAGCAUCCCUCGCUGUGUAGACUGCUUUUCUUCCUGGAGUUCGUUUUGAAAGAACAUCUUUAAAGUAAACCACUGUGACGCUGUAGCUUAUUGUGGCUCGCUGGUGUACACCCCUGGAUAGACGAGGAUUGUGAUCCGGUUUAUCUCACAAGCAUUUAAUGAAGGUCUGUGUGCCAGAUGCUGGGGAAACAGGUUGGAAAAGACUACUUUUUUUUUUUUUUUCAGUGGUCCUUGGGUAACUUCCAGAGUUAUAUUCCAAAUUUUGCUACUGACAAGCAAAACAAAUUAUGGGGUUCUCAGCAAGGUAAAUGGUAAAAUAAAGCAAUUUUAAUGUUGCACUUCUGACCUUGGCUACAGAGGUUCAAGUGCAAAGUCAGGGCUCUACUGUUUAGUGCUAUGGGUUUAGUCACUGGCAUUCUCUUUGGUGGAUCGGUAUAGACACUCCAGAAACGUUGCACUUUCUGUGACUUUCAGCUGGCGAUAAGGGGUAGAGGAAGGAAGCCUUUUUGUCAGGGCCUGUUCCACCACGAGGGAGUUUAGACAGUGCUGGUAUUUUAGGGCUGUGGACUCAGGGAGGAUGGUAUCCAUUGUGAAUGCAAUCUUUUCCUCAUUGAAAUGUCAUCACACUGGAAAGUGUAUGGUAUGGUUUUUUUUUAAAAAAAGGAAAAAAGUAUAGUUUUAUAUCCAAGAUAUACAUAAAGUAUGGUCAUUUGAUGUAUCAGAAUAAACUACUGUAAUAUGAAGUCACUGUAUUUGCAAUAAAAUCCUUUUCUAUUAAAACCGA